CCCGUCGAUCGGAGAACUCGAGUCGUACCACUCAGAUAUUACAUGACACGUCAUGAUGUUUGAGGUGCGUUGGCUGACUGGCGAUUACCACACGGCUUAUUCUUCCUACAAUGAGAUUUGCAUCUAUAAUGAUGUCUCUGUACUGACUGGCUCCAGCGUCGCGCCGCGGACCGUUACCGGCUGCGGAUGCACCGUGCCCGCACAGUCGCGCUAACUUCGGAUGAGAUUGUCGAAGUACGAGCAGCGCAGCGGACUUUCGAAGGCGCCUACAUCCGUACAGCUUUAUCCCAGUUCUCUUUCGCCCUGGUGGUAUUGAAGAUCUUCACCAGCGAGUUCUAUAGCACUGGAGCGCUUUUCGCCAUCUACGGCACGGGCGUGCUUAUCAUCGGACUCUUCCGUCGUCAACAAGGCAAUCGGCAAUUCUUUUCCGAGAUAGGGGAGGAUGGCAUUCGUCACAAGUUCAGAACUAGUGGAAAUGCCGUGGUGGUGUUGACGGCCCUUAGCAUUGCCGCCUACGCGACCCUUAUCGCGCUGACCGUGAGGCUGGACAAAUAGGCGGUCACGCCUCGCCAAGACACUUUAGGCAGUAUGUCUACAACCUACUGCGUACCUGCC